GUCGAAUAACACAGCCAACUCUUUUUUCCCUCUCUCAUUCUAACUUUCGGUGGCCAACUCUGUUCCCUUCCCUCGUUCCAUCGGUUCUCUCAAUCUCUGCUAGGCCAUUUCUCUUCGGACAAGGUCAGCGUUUCCUUCGGUCGUUUCUUUCGUUCCAUCGGUCUCAACAGCUGAUCGGGCUCAUUUUCAGUAGAUUUGGCUUGUUCUCCAGCAGCUCAUUUGGGACACCUACCAACCCUCCCAUUGAAUAUAAAAUUAAGAGUGACCGUGAAAGGGAAUCUUUAGAAGAGUUUGUUGGUCUCUUUCUCUCUAUGGCUACACGGUUGUUGUGGGCUUCAAAGGCUGCAUCUUACCUAAGGAUAUCAGUUUUUCACAGAGCGUUUUCUUCUGUCGUAAAGGAUCUGAAGUAUGCUGACAGUCAUGAGUGGGUGAAAGUUGAUGGUAAUUCUGCUACUGUUGGUAUAACUGAUCAUGCACAAGAUCAUUUAGGUGAUGUUGUGUAUGUUGAAUUACCGGAAGUGGGUACUGCUGUAAAACAGGGCGAUAGUUUUGGUGCAGUUGAAAGCGUUAAGGCUACUAGUGAUAUCAAUUCUCCUGUUUCAGGGAAAGUUGUUGAAGUCAAUGAAGAGCUGAACAACUCCCCUGCUUUGGUAAACUCAAGCCCAUAUGAGAAGGGAUGGAUUAUAAAGGUCGACAUUAGUAAUGUUGGUGAACUCAAGAACUUGAAGGACUCAGAUGAGUACAAGAAGUUCUGUGAAGAAGAAGAUGCAAAGCAUUGAGUGGAAAUUGUGGGUUACUUCCUCCUUUUGCUUAACUAAAUAAUGCACUUUUGCCUUGAUAUUUUAUUGAGUUGUGUUUUUCUCAUUUCUCUUUGCUACUAAUAAUAAAACUAAUAAACAGUGUUAAUGUCUAUUCUCUUAACAUUAAAAAAAUAUUUAGUUGUGUUUUA